GGCUCCAGCAGCCCAGCGCGCGCGCGGCCCACGGCUCCGAGACAGCCGCCGCCAUGCGAGGGCUCCUCUCCUCUUCCUCCACUCUCCUCCGACGAGCCGCCGGCGCCGCCGCCAAGCUCUCCCGCGCGGGCUGGAGUAACUCCGCAGCAUCCGCACCCUCUUCUCUCCGCCGCUUUCCCCGCCAGAGUGGGGAAAGAGAGACAUUUUGUCCGUUUUGGUCUAAGGGUUGUUCGAUGUCAACCACAGUUGAUAUGCAGUUAGACUAUGAGAGUGACCCCCCACUUGAUGAUGCAAAAGCUCUUGAGAAGGAGUCGUCACUAAAUGUUGCUGUCUCUCAACUUGCCAGUGAUUUUGAUAGAGAAUCUAAUCUAUGCUUGGAGCGAUUUUCCCGAACAAGGCGUGCAUCUGUCAUCUCUACCGGCUCUCUUAAGCUUGAUCUUGCUCUCAGCACUGGAGGAUUACCAAAGGGUAGAAUGGUGGAGAUAUUUGGGAAAGAGGCAUCUGGGAAGACAACACUUGCACUUCAUGUUGUCAAGGAAGCUCAAAAGAAUGGAGGUUAUUGCGCUUAUAUUGAUGCAGAAAAUGCUUUUAACCCUUCGUUUGCGGAAGCUAUUGGUGUAGACAGUGAAAGGCUCUUAAUAGCCCAACCUGAUUCUGCUGAAAAUUCUUUGAGCAUUGUAAACACUCUUGUUGGUGGAUCUGUUGCUGUUGUUGUUGUGGAUAGUGUGGCAGCACUUAUCCCCAAAUGUGAAAUGGAAGGUGAAAUAUACACGAAUUUUGAAGACAUACAAUCCCGUUUGAUGACUCGGGCGCUUAGGAAAAUUCAGUACACUUUGUGUCGCUCUGAAUCACUUAUUAUUUUUGUGAAUCAGGUUAGAACGAAGUUGAGCUCAAAUCACUUUCCUGGGAUCUACAAGGAGGUGCCUUGCGGUGGUAACGCGUUAGGAUUCUAUGCUGCAGUCAGAAUGAGGACGUCAAGAAGGGAACUGCGCUAUAAUGAAGACCAGGCUACUGGCAUUAGUAUUUCAGUGCAAAUCAUGAAGAACAAAUUAGCUCCAGCGAGUCUGAAGGAAGCCGGUAUUGACAUCAGAUUUGGGAAGGGGAUCUGCCAUGAAUCUGAGAUCCUGGAGAUGGCUUCUUCUGUCGGAGUUGUUGUGAAGGAGGGGUCUGGGUAUUGGAUCAACGGCGUGUUCCUGCCUGGCAAGGCAGAAGCUGAGAAAUUCCUACAUGAAAACACCGGUGUGGCAGAUGAGAUCUGCAAUACCGUGAGAAAUCAGUUCCUUCGAAGGUGACAAGCGAAGGCCACUGGAAGUUGGCUGGCUCUGAACUUUUCUCGUCAGUCGUCACCUUGACUGGGUACAGUUUUUAUAACAUCUGAGAACAAAAUUGGGGAUUGGGGCACACUGCACUGCCGGGGAAUCAUUUUAAGUAUCUAUUCUACCAUUUAUUCUACAAAGGAAGUGCGAUUAAGGGUGUCAAUUAGAGAGGCUAAUGCAUUGUUAGUCAAUUUGUCUUGAUCUCUGCGUGUGGCAUUGUUGUAUGAUUGUAUCAUGUAUUCAUAGUAGAUUUAUAUAUGAUACCAUUGUAUUAUUAGCUUCUUGCUCUGUAACUUACUGGAUUUUACCUCAGUGAAUCGAGGGCCAUUCCCUCCAAUGCUGCUAGUUCCUAUGUUAGAUAAAUGUGAACCGGUUUCUCCUGAAA